AUGUCAGUUCUAAUUGUGACAAGUCUUGGGGACAUUGUCAUUGAUUUGUACUCCACUAAAUGCCCUUUGACUUGCAAGAACUUCCUCAAGCUCUGCAAGAUCAAGUACUACAAUGGUUGCCUCUUCCACACUGUCCAAAAGGAUUUCACUGCUCAAACUGGUGAUCCUACUGGUACUGGUCUUCGCGGUGAUUCCAUCUACAAAUUUCUGUAUGGUGAGCAGGCUCGCUUUUUUGGAGAUGAGAUUCAUCUCGAUUUAAAACACUCCAAAACUGGCACUGUUGCUAUGGCUAGUGGUGGCGAGAAUCUCAAUGCUUCCCAGUUUUAUUUUACACUUCGUGAUGAUCUAGACUAUCUUGAUGGAAAACACACUGUGUUUGGGGAGAUUGCCGAGGGGCUUGACACUUUGACUAGGAUAAACUAA